UGGAAGUGGAAGUUCAGCAGGACUAGGAUGGGGAUAAACCUAUUGGCUAAGGUCACCCAACAAUUGAUUGUUCUUCCUGGGCAUAAAAUGCCGGACAGUAUUUAAACCCGCGGAGUCUCCAAAUGCUUCAACCGGAAUUUCGAGAAGUGAAUUCGUCGGGAUUUCCAUCAGUGAUAUCGAACUGCAAAAAAUGAUUCUGCAAGGCUGACAAACAUCCCUGAGAGAAAACCAAUUGCAAACCGAAAUGUUUUAAAACAGGUUUCCAGAGCAGUUUUAAACGGCAAGUCGAAGGUGCAGUCAUUUCUCCAAAACCCCUCUCUGUCCAGCACUGUCCAGCCUUUCGAUGGAGAACGGCGAGCAACCAAUGAAGUGACGCUAAAACGUCGAGCCUCUUUGUGGUGGCCCAAUCGGAUUGUGGUUAUUGGGGGGUGCCGCUGUCAAUCAUCUGAGGAGCAAUGACCCGGGAGCGGAGAGAAAGAGCCGAGAGAGUCAGUGUUAACUAACCUCCGCUCGCACUCAGAUCCCAGGCCAACGAGCAGCGAUGCCUUGCGUGCCCAUCUCACCACAGAAGUACGGACAUCACCGAUAACUCCACAGAGAGAGAGAGAGAGGGAGGGAGGGAGAGAUAAACAACGUUUAGAAAACUUCGAGGAGAACAGCAUUUGCUAAAAUGGCUGUUCGCGGUAACACCUUGACCCCGUUCUCCAUCCAAGCAAUUUUAACCAGAAAAGAUGAGAAUCGACACUCGAAAAAUCUGGACGUGUCCUGUAUCUCGCCCGCGACCUGUUGGAAGAUGUUGAACGCUUUGGAUUCCUGUCCAAAGAUCACUGCGUCUUCUGGGAAGAUCGAUACGGGGAGAGAUCUGCCGAGCGAGCAGCUCUGUUCUGACUCAGAUUCGGGCGUCAGUGAUGAAAAUGACUGUAAAAAUCAUUCGAUGUGCAACUCGGAAAAGGAGCUGGAAAUUGCUGCAGCAUGCUCCUUCCAGUCGAAACCAAUGAAGGAAGCAAGUUCGAGUCUCAGCGAAGGGAAGGAUGAUACUAAGGACUAUCUGUGUAGCGGAGGAACGCCAGAACAUUUAGCAGCUCCGAGCCCCGUUGACGAAGACUGUAAAUCUGAGCAGAGCCCGGAUCAGCCCAAGCAAAGGAAGAAACGCUCCAGAGCCGCCUUCUCUCAUGCCCAGGUAUUUGAGCUGGAACGCCGCUUCAAUCACCAGAGAUAUCUGUCUGGGCCCGAGCGGGCGGAUCUCGCCGCUUCUCUCAAACUCACCGAAACUCAGGUCAAAAUCUGGUUCCAGAACCGUAGGUACAAAACCAAACGGCGGCAGCUUGCCGCUGACCUGAUGGCUUCGGCCCCAGCGGCGAAGAAAGUAGCGGUGAAAGUAUUAAUCCGGGACGAUCAGAGACAGUACAGCCCGGGAGAAUUGCUUCGGCCAUCACUGCUCUCCCUCCAGCCGUCCUACCAGUACUAUCCGUUCACCUACUGCCUGCCUGCAUGGACAGUAACCGCCUGCACGGGGACUCAAUAGAUUCUUGUUUUUAAAUGAACCAAGUUUCAACACGCGCCCUUAAAACUACCGUAUUUAUUUGCGUUGGUGUGAAGUAUAAGCUGCAGACUGGGCUCAGCAGAUGGAGUUUCCAUGGUAUCCAUGUAAUUGAUAUUUAAUUCCAAUUCAGCUUCAAAUAAUGAAAGACCGCCGGAAAGGGAGAGAGAAAACAAAAUGCUGCCGACGUCCUCUAAAUCUCACAGAAAAGAAUCUCGAAGUUUGGCCUUGGUUGGACAUGCUUUACUUUUCCUUUUGUUUUGCGAAGCAACGUGUGCUGAAUGUAUGAACCAUAGAGAAACUGCGGGCUGUCUCUUAAGUGCAAAUAUCUAAAGAGAGAUAUAUUUUGUUGUAUUGUACUCCCUGGUUAAGAACAGCGGAGGGGAAAAGCGCAGAACAUUUAACACUUUCUCGCAGACUGGUUUCGGUGAUGUUGUCAAGAUGUUUGCCCCAAUCUCAAAAUCAUUUCGAUCUGUGAUUAUAUCCGAGCAGUUAAUAGGGGUAAGAAUUUAGCACUUUCCGUUCUUUUUGAUAUUUAGUAGCGAUUAGUGUGGGCGAUCUUAUUGCAGGCUUUUCUUUGUAAUAGCAGCGUGUGUAAAGUUAUAACUGGUUAAUCGUUUCUCCUGAAUGGAUCCGGAAUUUAACAUAAAACUAGGAACGAAUGUUUAAACACGGUACAAACAUCAGCGACAAAGGAUGGCUCGGUUCAGGAUGGUGCCUCUGGAGUUGUAACCCUCUUAUGAAAGUGUUCGCUCUGCAUUAUUUCCAGUUCUUAAAACAAUAAAAUCUACUAUGACUUUAAAAAGUGCCUUUUG